AUGCCGUCGAUAUCCCUUACCCUUCGCACGGCGCGCACCUUUUCGCGAAGCACAACAAAAACGUACCUCAACCUCUCGCGCUCCUUCUCGUCGUCUCUCCGCCGCAAUGAGAUCAACAAGGUCUACCCAAGUGCCGCUGCGGCCAUCGAAGACAUGUCAUCCGACAGUACGCUUUUGUGCGGAGGCUUCGGUCUUUCAGGUGUUCCAGACACACUCAUUCACCAAGUAAAAAGCACACCAAAAAUCACAGGCCUAACCGCUGUAUCCAACAAUGCUGGCGUGGUUGGGGGAGGUCUAGGUUUGUUGCUGGAAAGCAAACAAGUCAAGAAGAUGAUUGCAAGCUACGUGGGCGAGAACAAGGUCCUCGAACAGAUGUAUCUGACUGGCGAGUUGGAGCUGGAACUCACACCCCAAGGCACACUAGCAGAGAGGUGUAGAGCCGGUGGCGCCGGCAUUCCAGCUUUCUACACACCCGCUGCUUUCGGCACCGUUGUGCAGACCGGCGAACUAGCACUCAAGCAUAACAAUGACGGCAGCGUAGCACAAUAUUCCACACCUCGCGACGUCAAAGUCUUCGCUGGCAAGAGCUAUGUAAUGGAGGAGAGUAUCAAGGGCGACUACGCCUUUAUCAAAGCAUACAAAGCCGACCGCCUGGGAAACGUCCAGUUCCGCUUCUCAGCCCAGAACUUCAAUGGUGCCAUGGCUCGCAACGCCAAAGUAACAAUCGUAGAAGCUGAGCACAUUGUCGAAGUCGGUGAUAUUCCACCAAACGCCGUCCAUGUCCCAGGCAUCUAUGUCGACCGCGUGAUCCAAUCGACGGCCGAAAAGAAGAUUGAAAAAGUCGUCAACGCAAAGGACCCUCAGGAAGCGGUUUCUGCCUUGGGCGCUGGCGACGCAGCCUCGAAACGCGAACGCAUCGUCCGUCGUGCAGCCAAGGAAUUCAAAAACGGCAUGUACGCCAACCUCGGAAUCGGCAUGCCUAUGCUCGCUCCUUCCUUCGUUGACCCCUCUGUCGAAGUCCAACUUCAAUCCGAAAACGGCAUCCUGGGUCUCGGUCCCUAUCCACAGAAGGGACUUGAAGAUCCUGAUCUCAUCAACGCGGGCAAAGAAACUGUCACACUUCUCCCUGGCGCAUCAUGCUUCGGCUCAGAAGAGAGUUUCGGCAUGAUUCGUGCUGGUAAAAUUAACCUGACAAUCCUCGGCGCUAUGCAAGUUUCUGCAAGAGGCGACCUGGCGAAUUGGAUGUUGCCGGGUAAGGUCAAGGGCUUUGGUGGUGCUAUGGAUUUAGUAUCGAAUCCGCAGGCCACCAAGGUUGUUGUUACCAUGGAACAUACGGACAAGAAGGGAAGGCCGAAGAUUCUUAAGCAGUGCGAGUUUCCGCUUACGGGCAAGGCAUGUGUAAGCCGGAUUAUCACGGAUUUGUGUGUGUUCGACGUCGACUUUACCGAGGGCUUGACCCUGGUUGAGCUUGCGGAUGGUGUUACCGUAGACGAAGUGCGGUCGAAGACUGGUGCAGACUUCAAGGAAGCAGCGGAGAUCAAGCCCAUGUUGUAG